AGCAGGCAGCGGAGUUGUUGCUUGACGGACGGUAAAUUCCUUUGCUUUUUCUCCGGUAAAAUUGUGCAAUUCCGUCACCUGUUUCACGCAGACCGUUUGCGGGAGGUGUAAAGAUUCUUUUGUGCGUGGAAGUUUUUUGAAAUUCGUACGGAAAAGAUCAGAAAGUGAUACCCAGAAUUGGAAAAGUAAUUUUCUUGCUAUUCGCCAUCGCCAAGAGUGCGUUUAGGAGCGAUUACGUGUGUGUGUGCCACUGAGGAAUCGGCGAGAGAGAGGAAGUGACUUGCUGGAAGUUUUUUUUUCUGGUUCUACGGCUACUCGCGUUUUUGGCGAGUAAUUGUGUUUGUGGAUGUAACGUUCCAUCAAGGAAACUCGACGAAGACAAAGCUGUAAAACGUCAGAAGCUGUGCUUGUUAUUAAUUUUUAAGGAAGAUAUUUUGAUUGUGAUUUUACUGGCUUCGGCUCAAAACGGUGCCCUCGAGCAAGCAAAAUGGAUAAGUUCAUCAGUAUGUGGAAAGUGCGAGAACUCGCUGAUAAAGUGACGAAUGUUGUGAUGAACUACACGGAAAUAGAGGGCAAAGUACGCGAGGCAACCAACGACGAACCGUGGGGACCGACCGGUCCACUGAUGCAAGAAUUAGCCCAUGCCACUUUCACCUACGAACACUUUCCGGAAGUGAUGUCGAUGCUGUGGAAACGGAUGCUGCAGGACAACAAGAGCAACUGGCGACGAACAUAUAAGAGUCUGCUAUUGCUAAACUACCUAGUGCGUAAUGGUUCCGAGCGGGUGGUGACCUCAUCCCGAGAGCACAUCUACGAUCUGCGAUCGUUGGAAAACUAUACUUUUGUGGAUGAAAACGGCAAGGAUCAGGGUAUCAAUGUGAGGCACAAAGUGCGCGAGCUAAUUGAUUUCAUUCAAGACGACGAUAAGCUUCGAGAGGAACGCAAAAAAGCGAAGAAAAACAAAGAUAAGUACAUCGGCAUGAGUUCGGAAGCGAUGGGUGGAGGCAUGAGGUAUGGCGGCGGUGGCGGUGGAGCAGACUAUGGUGGUUAUCGAGACAGUUGGGACAGCCGACGGACGGAAGACCGGGGAUACAACGAAGGACGGGAUCGGUACGAGUACGACUAUCAGUAUGACGGAGAGCGGGAAGAUUCGGACACGGAAUCGAACGGACCCUCUUCCAAUAGGUACUAUGAUAAAGAGCGUUCAAAGAGCCCUGCAACGCGCCAGUCAUCUGCCCUCUCGACGCAAUCGGCCGCGGGUUCUACCACGACGACUUCCACUGGAUCGGCCAUGCAUCAGAGCGAGAAGAAAAUCAACCUCAACAUUAAAACGCCAUCGGCGGCUGCCGCCACCGUCGUCAAAGCGAACGCUGCUGCCGCAACCAAGAGCGCCAAGAAAAUCGAUAUGGGAGCAGCCAGUAACUACGGUAAACAGACAGAUCUAGGCAUCAAUUCGCCAACGCACCGAAAUACCCACGCUGAGGAGAUAAUCGCAACCACCGAUAGCAGCGGGAAGGCGCGCAGUGGGGAAAUUUUGGACGACCUUUUCAAAACCUGUCCGGGAUCUCCGGAAGGACCCGCUAGCGGUGCGCGUUCGACCGAACUGGAUGACUUCAAUCCUAGGGCCGACGAUGUUGCUGCCGAUUUCGGAGAUUUCGAAUCUGCCUUUGGGAGUGCCAAGAAACCGACGACGACGACGACGACGGCUAAGACUGGGGACGAUUUCGCAGAUUUUGCAUCGUUCGGUACUGCCGUUCCGCUGGCGGCAGCCGCCCCAACGAGUGAACUGCUCUUCAGCGGAAUGCCAGCCGCUGGUGGAAUGAAUAUGUUUGCUCCAGUACAGCAGCAGCAGCAACAACAGCAACAGCCAGCUAGCAUUACGAACGAUUUGCUAUCGGAUUUGAGCGGUUUGAACCUUGGAAGCACAAAUGUUCCUAUCGAGAGCGGAAAUCAACUGCUAAAAAGCUGCUACCGAUCGCUGAUGGAGUUGCUACAGACGGUGCCACAAAUUCGCUCCGAAGAACAGCUACUAUCAAUUCGAGCGAGCUUGGAUGAACUGACGGAAUGUCUGCCUGGACCUAGGACUCCGGAACAGUUGCUAGGAAUUGAUUAUUGUGACGAUAAAGAACAGUGGCUCAAGUUUGCUUCGCAAGAAUAUCCUGAUCUAUUGACAGAGUUAGUGACCAGAUUUGAUCAACAAUUUCCAGGCCAAGAUGAUGCCUUAGACAGACGAAUUUGGAGGAUUUUUAGCUUGGAUCACAACCAUGCAUUCAUCGUUGAAGCACUGCAGAUGUUAACUUCCAGUGAGUAUUUGAGCAAGAACCGAGCGGUAUUUGUUCAAAUAUUAACUGGCUUACUGCAGGACGAUGAGUAUUUGGCUAUCUGUUUUAUCGAGCUUAGUUUGAAGGGAUCCAACGAGAACGGAGCGAGAAAGUACGACCGGCAAAUCAGAUAUGACCAGCUGGUCAGCAUUCUAACUGGCAUACCGAACAAACUGGCAAACGUUCUACAACGGGAGACACCGGAAAUGUUCCUUCCAGCUAAGUUCAGUCAACUUCUUUUUCAACAAAUCUUAAAAGCAAUCAACGCCUUGACCCAAAUUUGUCAAUUGCACGAGCAUCAGAAAUGGGACACAAGUUUUCUCUCGAAACUUCUAAGUAAAGUUAUUACCGAUUACAACCUUGAAAAAAGUUCUCCUCAUAUGCAAGUUACUUUGCAAAUUUUAUCAGCCUGGGCAAGAAACAACUCUUAUCAGCAGCGCCCACUUAUCGCUUCAGUUUUUUCUCAAUUAUCACGUUCUGCAAUAGAAAUCGUAACGAUAAUUGCCCUUCGUAUGGGUGUUGCUUUGAUCCACGUUUUACCUGCGUCGCGAAACGGCCUGCUCGACGGUGGCGAUUGGCAUUACGUUCUGUGUCAGAAAAUUCCACUUUUCAGUUGCUAUUCUGAGGAUGAACUCGUCGAUAAUCUGAUGCACCUUCUAGCGCGAUUAUCCGAUCACAACCAAAGCGUUUCGAUGCUGGUCGAUCUAUCGCAAGAACUGGUCACCGUCUGGUCCAGCAAGAGUGCUAUCCAGAAAACCUCAUUCGAGCAGCACCUGUAUCUAUCCAAGCUUCUUCUGCUGGCAAUCGCCUAUCGACACCAAUUCAAAGUAAGACCUCUGACCGGCAAUGAAACUCAAGAAUUGCGAAGAUUGCUUUUCGGAGGACUAAAGUGUCAUCUGGAGUCGCCGGCAAAAAAUAUGCGUUGCGUUGGAAUGAUUGUUAGCGAAGUGAUUCUGGGAAUGUUCGACGAAAAAACCGUAAAAGAGGAAGAUCGUCUUCGAUUUGAUUUCGAAGGAAUGGAUAAGCAAACGCUUGACAUGGUAAAUGACUUGAGAAACUUCAAUAAGCGAUGCAAGUUUUUAGAAGAUGAACAUUCUCAAGGUAUUAUUGCAGAACAAGAACUGACCGAUGAGCUGGUGGAGAGAAUGUUCGAAAACAACAGCGUUAGCAAGCAUCCACGGUUGAACAUUUUGUCAGUCGAACAGCCAGUCACCGUUGUUCAAAGCGAAAUCUUAUCCGUCGAGCUGCCCCGGUGCAAAAGUCCGCUCAAAGAACGCAAGCACGGUGACAGUGAUGAUUCCGAGUUGGAUUCUGACGAUGACUUAGAGCCGUUCGACAUGACCAACGACAGCAAAAUCGAGCAGGACAAAUUUCGUCCAAAAUAUCUGCUAGACCUACGCGAAGCUCUUAUAAGCAGCUCGGAUCAACAAUCCCCCGAACUGUUCGAAUAUGCCGUUCAAACUGCUCCCGAACUAAUCGACCAACAGUUGGCUAAUAACGAUCCAAAACUUGCCCUAGAUCUACUGCAGAUCUUUCUUACCCUCGAAAGCCGUUGCUAUGUAGAGAACUUCGAAGAACUAAAAUUUUCCUCUCUCGUUGCUAUUUGCACCACAUUUCCGCAACAAUGCGCCGAAUAUUUGUGCCGGGAGUUCCACGCCGACUUAAGCAAAUACUCUCUGAACAGACGGAUUCUGAUGCUGGACAUCCUAGCUCAGACGGCCAAAACCCUAUCCAACCUAAACCAAACGGAACGAAUCACUGUAUCAAAGCCAAAUAAUGACGGUAAAACAACACCUACCAAAGUGGAUUCUCUCCAGCUAAAAUUCCACGAAGAAAACGAACUUCUCCGCAAACGUCAACUCGCUGAACAGGUCAUUCGCGAACGGAUCGCAGCGAAAACUCGUCGAUUCCAUGCAGUGCGCCCGGUUUCGAACCGCACCUCCAGCGUCAAUCGUUUCGCACCGGUGGCCGGGUGGUUCUUUUUCCCGUUGCUACGCGGAUUCGGCUCGAAUCGAUUUCUGUUCACCGCGAAUCUAAGGUUCCAGUACGACGCGGAUAAUCUGCUGCUAACGACGUUCCUGCAGACCCUGUCGGUGCUGAUGCUGUCCGCGGAAAAUUGCCCCAUCGUAGCCAAACUGGCUCGCGAGCUGUUCGAUCUGAGUGCAAUGGUGCGAUUCGCCGAGGAGCCGAAGGUGCGACUAUCGGUGCUGCAGGUGCUGGCUGCGGUACUGAUGGCCACCCCGAAGCAGAUGCUUCAGCGGGAUUUCUACCGCGAUCUAAUCGAGCUAAGGCAGUGGUUGGAAGAAUGUGUGCAAAGCAGUGUGGUGCGUAACGAACGCAACGAAGAUUGCCGUGAGCUGGCGAAGCACGUGCUCGUGAUGUGCUACAAUUUGUUUGCCGAAGAUUGAGGGAAAAGUGAGUUGUUGGAAAUGCAGAAAAAAAAAUGUUUGAAAUAUUUGAUAAUAAAAGUUUCUUAAUGUGAAGUGUGUUUUUAUGUUAGUAAAGUUGAUCGAAUCUAUAACGUUAAGCUAUUUGAGUCAAAUGCUUGUUUCUAUUCGCCGUAGCCAGGAAAUUUCCACCGUUUUUAAAACCUAUCAACAAGUGUUAUAAUUCUAC